AAAGAGCAAGCUGUCUUUUCGCCUUUCAGGGUUCGAAAUCAGAUAGAUACUUGACCUGGUCUUAUCCAGUCAGGUAAAUGCCCAAACCGAUCCAUACACCCCUAGGUAGAUAGAGGUGGGCAUCAAAAGGUUUUACUCUCGACCGCCUUGAGGCUUGAGCUUUUCUCCGUGUCGGUCUCGGUCUUUACCGGGCGAAAGGACAGCACGAGACCCCUACGCCCACUACUGCUCCAGCUCCAAAAGGCAUCCUCAAUCUGACCGGGGGAAAGGUUCCAGACUGAAGUACCUACUGUCUACACUAGGAUUAUUACAAGAAGCCCUCGAGAGUUUAUUCUCAAUUUGGUCAAGGCGGUUGUGGUACUCUUUUGUUUUAUCUCCCGCUCUUGGUGUCGGAGGGGCUAGCAACCCGGGCUGGGCCUUCACCACUAUUCAUCGGCCUCAGUUGUGAUCCCUAUCCUUGCUACCCUCUCUGUCCACCAGGGGCAGCACAGAAACCAUGUCGACAUCACCUCGCAGUCAACCUCAGCAACUGCCAUACUAUAAACAAGAACAACACCGCCACUACCAACAUCAGCACCCACCACCGUCGCCCCGUCAGCAUCACCGAGCGAAGCGCCCGAGACCUUCGUCUCCGGGCCCAGAGACGCAAGAUACGCCGCCCUCAGCCUCAGCCUCGGCCAGUGUCCCUUCACCCGGCAGCGAGGACGUUCAAGGUGUCAGCAGUACCAGUGGGUCUGUUACCAGCAUACCCGGCCAAAGCAGCAACUUUCGCAACGUGAGCGCCUGCUCUAGAUGCCGCGCGCGCAAGAAUCGCUGUGAUCAAAGGUUGCCCAACUGCACGGGCUGUGAGAAGGCCGGCGUGGAUUGCAUUGGUUAUGAUCCCAUAACCAAGCGGGAGGUCCCACGAAGUUAUAUAUUCUUUCUCGAGAAUCGUGUCCUAGCACUCGAGACUUUACUAGAAUCCAAGGGAAUUCCGUUCCCCAAGGCCGAUAAACUCAAGAUGUUUUCCAGCGCAGCCGACAGGCCAACUCCAUCGACACAACCGCCAAAUCAGAAUAUACAAAACGACGCCUUGCCGUCAAGUGUUCACCAAGUUCAUCAAAAAGGUGUGCGAUGCUGUAACCCGAGCUGCCAAGGUCAAUGCCAUGUCAAAGUUCCAACCUCUCCCUCCACAACCGAGGCAGCAACGUCGAACCACCGUUUCCCUGGCGCCAUGUUUACGACCAACCCACCUGAGACUGCGCAACCGGCGCGAUCUCACUGGCGCGGAUUUCCAGAGCGGGACGAAGGCGCUAAAUCCGUCAAAUCUGUCGUCAAGAGGGAGCAAAAUGGCGGCGGAUCCAUGAGGGACUCGUUCUUUGGGUUGCAUACCAAGUCGCCGCGCCAUCCGGUCCGCCAGGCCGACUUCCCAGGCAAAGAAGUAGGCCUUCGUUUAGUCGAGCUCUACUUUCAGCACGCUAACCCUCAGAUUCCCAUCUUACACCGUGUUGAAUUCAUGGACAUCUUCCAUCAAGCGUACACUGCUGAAGGAUCGGUACGGGACCGAGAGUUGUGCUUGCUGCACAUGGUUUUUGCGAUUGGCAGCGCCCAAAGUCUGGGAGACUCGGAUGACUCGGAAGAAGGCGAAAAGCAGUACCAGCCUGAAGAGUACUAUGCCAGUGCCAAGGAGCAUUUUCAGACAUGUUCAAGGAUUACGGGCAUACGUGCGGGGAACGACACUGAGCGGCAUUUGACGGCCCUCGAAUACCUCCAAAUACAUCUGCUGAAAGCCAGUUUUGCUCUCUUAAGGCCAGUGUCCCCUGGACUGUGGUACAUCACUGGUGAGGCGAUGAGGUUGGCGGUCGACCUCGGUCUACAUUUUGAGCAGGGCAACGAGCCUCAAUUCAGGCUCGAUAACGCAAGGAGGCAGACCGAUAGAGAAGCUGAUCGGGAUGGAGGAGCACGAGAGUACAUACGUGACCGGCGGCGCAGGCUCUGGUGGUGCGCCUAUUCUCUUGAUCGACUUAUAAGCAUUUGUGUCGGUCGGCCAUUGGGAGUUAGUGAUCGGGUCAUCACCACCGAAUUCCCCUCUCUGGCGGAUGACAGAUUCAUCACUCCACAGGGAAUCACGGUGCCAUCUUCAGGCGAACCGGCCGUACCGAGCUACAAAUUUGUUGCUCAGCACUACUUUCGGCUGCGACUGUUGCAGUCGGAAAUAGUACAGGCGCUACAGAUACAGCAAGCUCAAGCAGCCCGCCAGCAGCGCAUGGAUACCAAGAUGGCCUCACCAUUUCCGGCUCAGUUUGCUUCAUUUCGAGAUUGGAGAAGAGAUAUUGAGAAGCGUCUCACUGACUGGAGGGAUAGUGCACCUACAAAAGAACAAACUGGAGUUGACUUUUCUACAGAGUUCCUUGAGGUCAACUACUGGCAGGUCAUCAUCUUUCUCCUCAGACAGAGCCUGCCUGUACCCAACGACUUCCGCAAAGAAUACCAGAUCUUCAAAGAGUUCAACAGCCCAAGCAUGCACAACGUUGAGCUUCGGGAAGAUCAAGAGGCCGUAUACGUCAAGGUUGCAGAGGCCGGGGCCAAGAUUUUGAAGCUAUACAACCGUCUUAACCAACGAGGAGUCGUCAACUAUACUUACCUGGCCACCCACUACGUCUACAUGUCCGGAAUAUACUACCUCUACGCAAUCUGGCACUCGGCUCAGGUUAGAAGCAAUACUUUGAUAGAUGAGGUAAACGAUACGAUUGCCAGAGGGCAUACCGUCUUCACUGCUCUCAUCCCCAAAUGUCCCCCCGCCGAACGAUGCAGAGAUGCGUUUGAUAGAAUGGCAAAAGCAACCGUCAAGAUGGCCAUGAUGCAAGGUGGCUUUGCCCCAGCUCCUGGGAGGCAAGCGGAGACUGAACGGCAACGUGGGUGUCAGCCAGGGACUACUAGUCCAGCACAUAGCUCACAUGCGCUUAAAAGCGAAGAGGCGUGGUCGACACGAACCCACAGUCCCGCACAUCUCCGCCGCAUGGGGGAGGCAAGCAGCAACACACCUUACAGCCGCUCUCAUUAUCAAGAGGGCAGCUACAUUGCCACAGUGCCCUCGCCUCCAGGACACGCUUUGCGGCUCCCGCAACCACGUUCAAUGCAGUACGAUGGUGUGGUGAAGCUUGAGAACGAGGUAUUCGGGCCUCCCAUGCAACCAUCGAGCAGAUUACGCAAGAAUAUGGACUCCAGACACCCACACGACUUUCAAGGAGUCGGCGAGGAUGCCAAAGCAGUCGCGACAGCCGCAGACGCUAUUGUAUCGUCACUUUUCUCCCAGCAACAGGCGCGGAGACACUCGGCUUCGUCUCCCACUGGGGCGCCGAAUCUACUACCCCCGCCAACGCACCAGUCGGCACCACACUCGGGAUUGCCCAACGGGAUGGAAGUGCUGAUGGUUGCGCCACAAAUCCAGCUCCAGCAGAACCAUAACCGCCACCAUCACCACCUUCCGCCAACGCCCAACAGCUAUCAGCCGGGAAUUAUCAACUUUGAGGAGCCGCAGGGCAUGGAUUUUAUGCAGAGCCUCAUGGCAGUGGCACCCCCGGGCAGCGAUCCCUUCCUGGACCUCCAGAUGAACUUUGGCUUUGGUGCGGGCUGGGGAGGCCAGUAUCAAGACUUUAGCGAUGGCUCGCAGGUAGACCUUCUGGGUGGUUUCUGGGCCGAUAGACAGCAGGGUGGUUUUGCCGGCGGUGGAGGGCUUUGAGGUGCCUGCCAGGUUUUGUGUUUCUAUUUGUUCUUUGGGAUGGGCUUUUUCCCUUGCUUAUUUUGGAUAUGCUCCUGGUGUCUUUACUUGUUGAUGAGACUGUUGUCGCCACUCCUGCUUGUGUUUUUUCAUAUACCCUUUGUGCGUCCUGUCGGAUCUAUUUGUGAUUUUGGGCUGCAUUAUCGCGAUUCUGGUUUGGCUUUCAUACGGGGGUGCUGGUUAUAGAAGUUAUUGACGUACAUAUUGGUUGAAAAGACGUCAAAUGUGAACGCAUUUCAAACGAAGACAUCCUUUCGCAU